CUGGCCCAGGACAAAGCCCUUUACAAGGGACACGCCAUCGCCGCCGUGGCCGCUGUCAACGCCCACGUUGCCGAAGAAGCCCUGGACCUUAUUGAUGUGGAUUUCGAGGUGUUGCCACCCGUUAUGCACGCUCGGGACGCCAUGGCGGAAGGGGCGACGCUGGUUCAUGAGCGGCUGGCCGCGUUCAGUACCGCCGGUAUCCGCGCCGGCGGCGUUCUGGACGACGGCGAUGACUCAGCCGGCACGAAUAUCGCCAACCACUUUGAGUUCCGGAUGGGCGAUCUGGACGCUGGAUUCGCGGCCGCUGACGUCGUUGUCGAGCGAGCGGUUUCGACAUCGGCGGUUCAUCAGGGUUACAUCGAACCCCACAGCGGCACCGCCAUGUGGCACGACGACGGUAAUCUCACAAUUUGGUCCAGCAGUCAGGGGCAUUUCACCGUCCGCGACCAUACCGCUCGCCUGGUAGGCGUGCCGGUUUCCAGCGUAAAAGCGAUUCCCAUGGAGAUUGGAGGCGGAUUCGGCGCCAAACUCGCGGUGUAUAUGGAACCGCUGGCAGCCCUGUUGGCCAAGAAAGCCCACGCUCCGAUGCAACGCAUUACCGGAGCGCCGGACCGCGUUCAAGUAUCCGGCGCCACGGUGCGUCAGGUCAUCAACAACCUGGAAACCCUGCAUCCGGGCAUUAAAGAGCUGCUGUACGAUGAGGAAACGGACGACGUCACCCCCGGGUUGGCGGUGAUUAUCGACGGUGAAGUGAGCCAACUGGGAUUGCUGGAUCGCGUUUCCGAAGGGAGCGAAAUGCAUUUCCUCCCGGCCAUUGGCGGGGGCGACAUCGUGCAUUAG